GGUUCAAAUGAACCAGGCCUAAGUGUACGGAACUCUUCCCCGGCGGCCAGGGUGGAUGUGCCCAUGGAUCGCCGGCGUCUGGUGUGAGCCACUGCGGGACGUUUGGCACACCGUCCACGUCACCCAGAGGCAAAGCCUAAAGUGACCGAGACAAAAAAAAUGUGUGCACAAGCAGCGAGGCGAGGAAGGUAGGUUGGACCAACAUCUCAAGGUACCGGUAGUACUCCUAAAGAUCAGUUCAAAGCAAGCACAAAGGCAGGGUGCGACCCCCAUGCCAGCGUUAGCAAGCACAAACGCAUACCUUUCCCUUCCCCACGAAGAAACCUUCCGUCGAUGUUCCCCUGCCUCUCGCCUCCGCCGCCGUCUCCACCUUCCUCCCAUGUCGCUGCCGCUGAGCCCGCUUAACGCUGUGGUGGGACAUGUCGGUGGCCGGUUCUCGAGACCGGACGGCGCGGGGAGACUCCGAAGAAUUUCACCUCGCCCGCUCCCACCAGGGCGGGAGGGGGAGGGGACCUGCCCUCCGCCAUCUGCAACAUCAAGGCCUAUGCCACCCUCACCGACCAGCAAAAGGAGGAGUUAUGGAUACGGCGCGCUGACCUCUGGGUCGGCCAUCGAGGGUGUGCCGACUCAAAGUCAUGGGUCGCCCGACCGAGCCCAAGCUCCUUCCGAAGUCCAAGCUAAACCAGCGGUUCCGCGGCCUUCCGCCGCUUCCAUUCAAGUUCAGUUGGAGGAGACGCUCGAGGUUACCGAGAGCAGUGAGCUCCUUGUCAGCCAAACGAAGUCAUUGCUGGAGGCACGUGCUCGUCGGCUAGCCUUCUUUGGUUAUCGGUAUUAGUGGCGUGGAGGUGCAGGUUCUGAAGAUGAAUCCAGGACGUCAUUUCUCGUUCCGUGCAUGCUUCGGGCUAGGCAAUGGAAGCGGUGGUGGCCCUGUGAUUUACAAUGAGCAAGAUAUACGUAACAACCUUGGUGAUGGUGAUGUCAUCAGCAGCAUCGAUGGUGGCACCUGGACGUCUGAAUUGUACCGAGUUCAGCUGCAGGACACAUCCAGGGCGGUGAAGAAGCUGCAGAACGCUAGUGGAGCAGUGGAUGCUAGCCUCAACGACCGUUGGCAGUCGGAGGUGAACUUGCUGGACAGCAUUAGCCAUGACAACAUCAUCAGUCUUGCAGGUUCCAUUCCGAGGGACGACUACAUCCUGCUCGUCCUUGACCACAAGGAGAAUGGCAGCCUCUACCAGUGGCUGCACCCUGAUCCCACCCAGCUGGCUGCACAGGGGGUGCUGGGCUGGCAGACGAGGCGCGUCAUUGCCAUCGGCGGCGCCAAAGGGCUCUGCUCCCUGCACCACGGACGCGCACGCAACAACCCCAUCGUGCACCACAACAUCAACUCCGGCAGCAUCUUGCUUGACGCUAGCCUCAAGCCCAAGAUCGCUGGCCUCGAUCUUGCUCGGGUCAGCCUUGCCGGACCUGACCAGCCGGUGCCAGUCUGCGAGCCCACUGUUCUAAACAUGUUCGGCUUGACGGCUCCAGAAUAUGAAACUGUGGUGUACGCCAAGAUCGAUGUGUAUAGCUUCGGUGUGGUGCUGCUGGAGCUCAUCACUGGGCGGGUGGCCUACGACUACGAGUAUGAAGAUACCGUGGAUGGCCACCCCCACCUGGCAACCUGGGCAGGGAGGCAUUGCGACGCCUGUGACAUCGCCAUCCGAGAUCAAGCACGAUACUUCAAUGAGAUGGCUGCCAUGUUCAACCUGGGCGUGGAUUGCACCGUUAGGGAGCCGCAGGAGAGGCCUUCCAUGCGUGAGGUUCUCUACCGCCUCCGCAACCUUGGCCGUUGAUUCAGUCUCGCCGACGCCUGCCAUGUAUCUACUGCUGAUGUGAACUCGCAGGUUGAGUAUUACUGGUUGUGAAUUGUGAUUCAGUCGUGAGA